AUGGCUGGAAACAAGGACCUGCAUGAGCUGCGGCCUGGAUUUCUUGUCCAGCCUCUACACAACAGCAUCCCCGCAAAGCUGCUGCCUCGCUUUGACCCGGCCUACGUAGAGCACUACAACAAAUACAAUGCCGGUCGUCUGCACACCCACGAGGUGCCGAUUGAAGCAUUCCGCAAGGAUCCAGCCAAGUACUUGACGGUUUACGGUCGUGCACCAGGCCCGGAUAUUUUCCGCAUCACUGAGCAGACAUGCGCGGUUAAAGACGGAGAGAUCAAGAUCCGCAUGUUUGAGCCCGCGCCUAUCCUUGAUGGCCAGAGACAGCCCAGGAAGAGAGCCGUUUACGUCAACUUCCACGGAGGCGGCUGGGUUUUUGGAAAUCUGGCGACUGACCAUGACUACUGCAAACGCCUGGUUGACGGGCUGCACGGUCACUUGGUAGCAUUCGACGUAGACUACCGGCUUGCGCCUGAGCACAAAUUUCCCACGGCUGUGGAUGAUUGCUGGGCCGCCUUCAACUGGAUCAGAGCCAGAGCGGAAGAGUUCAACCUCGACCUGAAUAGGGUGUCCGUUGGCGGAGCAUCUGCUGGCGGACAUCUUUCAGCGGUGAUAGCGCAUCAAUGUCGCAAUGCAAACAUUCCGCUGGCGCUGCAGGUCCUAAAUGUGCCAGUCUGCGACCUGCACAGUCCGUUCACACCGGAUGGAGAAUUUGACCGUGAGAACUGCCCGUACGAAUCGUACAGGGAGAUGGAGCAUACGGUAGCUCUUCCCGCAGCGAGAAUGUCAUACUUCCAUAAACAUUUCCUAGGCGUUCCACGCCCUGCCCCAUCAGAGGAUGACUGGAAGAUAUCGCCCAUGUUGGCCCGUGACUUCACCAACCUGGCGCCAGCUUUGGUCUUCAGUGCCGAAAUGGACCCUCUCCGAGACGAAGCUGAAGUGUAUGCAAGCAAGUUGAGAGCGGCAGGCGGACGAGUGGAAUUGAUCCGCGUUGCAGGGGCUCCGCACACCUUUUGCGCCCUGGACGGGAUCUUGGAGUCGGGCAAGAUGUUCAAUGCAAAGGUUAUUGAGACGAUGAAGAAGAUGUUCGUUUCUCGGCCCAGUAUGCUUUGA